AUGAUCCACAAGAGUCCGACAAGAAGAACCAUACCGAGAUCGCACCAAACGCCCCAAAGUCCGGCUUUGCGAAGCGGAAUGUCACUUUCACUUGGAAAGCGCAAGACGUCAGUCACACCUCUGACGACCCCGGUUUCAGUAACAUCCUCAAACUCCCGGAGAAGCAGACAAAACUCCCCGACUCGUUCCACGAUCUCGUCACCUACUAGGACGAGCUCUGGCUCAAGCAGCCGGGGAAAGCUUUCCGACGGACUGGUUAAUGUGGAUAGCGUAUUACGCAAUGGUAGCACCCCCCUUUACCGGGGCACAAUCUCUGUUUCGAUAAGAGUGAAACCACCAGAGGUAAACUCCAAAAGCCUGUGGUCAGUACGUGGGGAUCAUACUAUCAGUCACGAAGAUUUGGGAGAGUUCACGUUUGAUAAUGUAUUCAAUCCACAAGCCGACAAUUCCCGUGUGUAUGAGGAAAUUGGGAAACCGCUGAUAGAUAAGUUAUUCCAAGGAUUUAAUGCCAUCAUUUUUGCCUACGGUAUGACGGGUUCCGGAAAGACAUUCACGAUGAGCGGAACUGCAGAUGAUGCCGGUCUUAUCUUGCUCUCCGUAGAGCAGGUUUUUGCCCUGAUCGCAGCGGAAAGCCGCGAGCACAAGUCUUUUGCAGUCAAAGUUUCCUAUCUGGAGAUAUACAACGAAAAGAUUUACGACCUGUUGAGCUACCAAGAUUUCAAACCCCCCCUGCCCACACACGGCUCUUUCAACCCGAAAUCAGUUCACAGUUCCGGCACUGAGCUUCAAAUUCGGGACGAUGCCAAGCAUGGUGUCCGAGUGGUUGGAUUAACAGACCAACAGGUACAUUCUACAGAUGAGCUGAUGAAGUGGAUAGCCAUAGGGAAUAAGAACCGAAGGACGGGAGAAACGGACUACAAUACCAGAAGCUCUCGGUCCCACACAAUUGUGUCCGUUGCCCUUACAUGUACAGACCUGUUGACUGGCCUAGAGACCAACAGUACGUUGUCAUUAUGCGAUUUGGCUGGAUCUGAGAGAGCUGCAGGACAACAAGAGCGCCGCAAAGAAGGGGCUUUUAUCAACAAGUCGCUUUUGGCCUUGGGGACAGUAAUAUCUAAACUAAGCGCUGGCAGCACCCAAGCGAGCUCCAAUUUCGGCAACAGUCACAUUCCCUACCGCGACUCGAAGCUCACGCGAAUUUUGCAACCGGCGCUGUCUGGCGACAGCAUAGUGACGACGAUAUGCACCAUCGACACAAAGGCGGAUGCCAUGUCAGAGACCGCGAACACGAUACGUUUUGCUUCGCGGGCUAAAAACGUGUCGAUGACCGUGAAACGAAACGAGGUUGAGGCCAGCGCAGAACGUGAGAAGUCGUUGCACAGUCUUAAACGUCAGAUCGACGAACAACAGGAGGUCAUCUGCGAGCUGAAAAGACAGCAGAAUAUCUACCAUGGCAAUGGCAGCGGUGGAGACCUUGGCAUGGACGCGCUGCGACGGGAGAACGAAGCUCUGAAGUCCAGGCUCCAGCACUGCGAAAAGCUCCUAGACAAGGACGAUACCCCAGUACAGGACGAGCAGUUCCUGGAAAUAGUGGAAAUGCUGCCCACGGCGAUAGGCGCACUACUGGAGAGCAAGAUUCAAGGUUUGGAGUCGCAGCUGCGGGAAUACCGCUUCCACAACGCCCGCUUGGAGAGAAAGCUGGCUGACGCGGAGACUGACCUCUGUACGAGGCAGCAACAGCCUACACGCGCCAGCCAGGACCUGCAGAGGCUGCUGCGAGAACAAGAAGAGGAGAUCAUGGAGCUGCGUAAGGGUCUCACGCGCAAAAACAAGAUGCUGGAGGCCCUACAAAGCGCCAAGAGAUUGCGGGAGGGGGCGCUGCGACCGCUCCCUCUCGAGAACAAUGGUGGCACCGGCUAUAGAGUUCCUGGGAAGCUGUGA